AUGACGGAAAUGUUUGCAGACUAUGGCGAUUCCGCGGCAGCGAUACGCGGCCAGCAAGCGAUACGCGGCCAGCAAGCGAUGGUCUCCGAUCCCUUCCAAGCCGUCCCACACCAGCACCAGAACAGCAAAUUGCAGCUGGAAAGUGCCUAUAGUGUAGUUUCCAAGCAAAUCGACGUUGCAAGAAGUAAAGCGAAAAAGCUCUAUGAGGAGAUUGUCAAUGUCAAGAGACGCACCCAAGAUGCAACGUUGCAAGCAGCGUCCUUCAACGUCAAUGCCAUUCCGCGCAAUUCCUGCAAAUUGAAGCUUUACAACACCCUUGCUGGCCAUCUGAAUAAGAUCUUCAAAAUCUGCUGGAACACAGAGUCGACGAAAUUGUUGUCAGCUUCGCAGGAUGGCUAUAUGAUCCUUUGGGACGCGGUUACCGGGUUCAAGAAACAAGCGAUCCAGUUGGACUCCACCUGGGUCUUGUGCUGCAGCUUGUCGCCCAAUGAGAAAAUGGUGGCUUCGGGCGGUUUGGACAACCAAUGCACGAUUUACAAGAUUCAGUCCGACACCACAAAUUACCCUGUCCAGCAAGCGCCACAGUAUCAAAGCAGCCACGCGAAUUCCAUCUCCAUGCGAACGGGGUUUUACCAGUCGGUCCAGUCGAUUUUCAAGGGCCACACGGCGUACAUUUCCGGGUGUGAGUUUAUUGGCAACAACUCAAUCGUCACCUCGAGCGGCGAUAUGACGUGCGCCCUCUGGGAUAUCACCAAGGGGGGCAAGUCCCGUGACUUUAUCGACCAUGUGGGAGACGUCUUGUGUUUGACAGUCUUCCCGGCCAACAUCUUGCUGGACAAUCUCUUCAUAAGUGGCUCUUCCGACGGGUACGCCAAGAUCUGGGAUCUAAGACAGCCAACGCCCACGCAAAGCUUCUGCAUCUCCAACAGCGACGUCAAUGCUCUAAAAGUAUUUCCCGACGGCAACGCGUUUGCAAUCGGAUCAGACGACGGAUUGAUUAGACUAUUUGACUUGAGAAGCGACUGCGAGUUGGGACAAUACAACUUGAUGCUGGUGUUGAAAAACAACCAUUCAAAUGAAGGGCUCCCACGAUUAACGUUACCCUCGUCUUUGCAUGAUAACCACAACCACAACCAAAAUAACAACAACAUCUCUGGUUACAGCGAGAUGCAACCGAGCGCAUUCAACUAUGCAUACAGCGAUCGGUCGAGCACAAACUCAAGAAACUCAAUUUUGGAGAAUCAGGGUGUGUUUUCGCUUGAUUUCGGCAAGAGUGGCCGAUUCUUGUACGCAUGUUAUUCAGACUUUGGGUGCAUUGUUUGGGACACGUUGAAAAACGACGUCGUUGGAACCAUUGCCGAUGACCACUCGGGCAAGAUCAGCAACGUGUGUGUCAGCCCCGACGGUAUUGCCUUGGCUACUGGUUCAUGGGACGCAACUAUCAAGAUCUGGAGUGUGUGA